CUAAAUAAAAUAUAUGACCUCGCUAUGGGAAAGAGGUUUCUUCCGUCAUUGCCAACAAAAAUCUUCGCAUGGUGAAUUCUUUGUUUGUUGACAGUGUGAAAUACAUCCAGUUUUCUGUCGUCGAGUUAGUUUCUCCGGAUUAUUAAGAUGAUAGCUAGACAAUCAGUUGUUCUUUCAGAAAAGCUGGAGCCAUUAUUAGCAGCUAGCAGAAUCAAGACUGGUUUGUUCUUGUGUUCUUCGAAAAGGCUAUUUGCAUCUUCUUGUGUUAAAAAUCAUGAGAUUCCUUGUUCUAUGUCCAGGUGGGAGACUUCGAGGUACGGUUCUAUUUCUUCUCUGGUAUUCAACACAGAAGCACCUGUUCCUAAGGUAAUCAAGAAAGAUACCAUUAUGAUGCAAGUCAAGGCAGCAUCUGUAAAUCCCUUUGACAUUGAAAUGAUUGAAGGAUAUGGUAGCAAAGCAAUGAAUGUAUUAAGACGAUUAUAUAAUGCUAAAGAAUUCCCAAUUGUUACUGGAAGAGACUGCUCAGGUGUGGUUGUCAAAACUGGGCAAGGAGUCAGACGGUUUAAAGUUGGUGAUGAGGUCUGGUGUGCCAAAUGGGUCCUGGAAAAAGGAACCCAUGCUGAGUAUUGCCUUGCAAGUCAAUCAGAAGUUUCCCUGAAGCCAAAGACUUUGAGCCAUUUAGAAGCAGCAUCAAUACCUUAUGUAGCUUGCACAUCUUGGACAGCAUUAGUUUCACGUGCAGGUAUUGAUCCAAAGAAGAUUGACAAUGGAAAGCAUAUUUUACUGUUAGGAGGCAGUGGAGGAAUCGGGACUUUUGCUAUUCAAUUGGCAAAAUGUUUUGGGAAUACUGUUACUGCAACUUGCUCACAGAACAACAUUGAUUUUCUAUAUUCCUUAGGAGCUGAUAAUGUUAUUGAUUAUCAAGCUGAAAACCAUGACUACCUCAUCCAACAAACUGGUCCAUAUGAUAUUGUUUUAGAUGCAAGAAGUGGGCACCACACAGACACAAUUGGUUGCACUGAGAAAACAACAUUUGUCACACUUAUGCCUCCAUUUUUACCUGCAAUUGAUGAAAGCGGGCUAGCAUUUGGACUGUUUAAUGCUGGAAUGGAAUUCUAUAGACAAAGUUUUGAAAACCUAGCUCAAAAUAGAGGAAGAUAUGCUUGGGGCCUGUUUUUCCCAAAUGGAGGCAUUCUAAGGAGUGUUUCAGAAUUUAUUGACAGAGGCUUGAUAAAGCCAGUCAUCAGUGGUGUUGUGAGGUUUGAAGAUGCAAAAGAAGCUUUUAGAAUGUUACAAAGUGGAACAACUAAGGGAAAAAUUGUCUUAGAUAUGUGUGAUAAGCCUAAAUAAGGAAUAAAUUGCAGGUUAAUGGAAUAUUCAAUUAUGCAAGUUUCUAUUGUUAGUUGGCUUACUCUGCAAUUUUUCCUUAUAACAUCUUUAUAUCUCUGAUAAAAGAAACACAGUAUUUUCUAAAUGCACCAAUUCAUUUGUAUCAUUUCAAAUUAAAUA